CCUCUUAUUUCCCUGGCAAAUAAUGUCACCACAGCCAGUCACAUUUUUCUCCUCCUCCUCCACCACCUCUUCAUCACAUCCUUCCCUCCCUGUGUGUCUGUCAGAAGUCUCACAAAUCUCCAAAGGAUAAGAUGCCAUGGAGGCAGCUGGAAGAACAGCCCUGUGCGUCUGCUCUGUUCUGUUUGUCGUCACAGGGGUCAGCUGUGAGCUCAUCCACAUCCCCUCGCUUGUUCAUCAUGUCAUUCGAGGAGAGUCCCUGCUUUUACCAGUAGAAACCCGCUUCCCUCUUGAUAAAGCUGAGAUCCAGGGAACCUGGUCAUACACUAAACCGAGUGGCACCAGGAUCACCUUGGUCACCUUCACCAAAGAAACUGCAAUCAUCAACAUGGGGUACCGUAACUGGCUCAACUUCAAAGAACCCAACAUUUCCCUGGGGAUCGAGAAUUUGAACAAAGACAGUGAAGGGGAUUAUCACCUGAGCCUGAACAUCGAGUUUCAUAACCAAACGGGGCAGGUCAUCAAGGAGGAGAAAACGGUUGCUGUAACGGUGGAUGUUCCCGUCUCCGUUCCUGAGAUCCAGAAGAGCCCAUCUCACUCAGUUAUAGAGGACAAAGCCAACGUAACUUGGACUUGUUCUGUCAAUACUGGAACCAGAGUUGAGUUUAGGUGGUUCAGGGACAAUGCAGAACUGGUUUCCAGUGAGAGAUAUCACUUCACUCAGGACAGAUCUGCACUGCUGAUCAGCCCUGUGAAAAAGGAGGACAAGGGAACUUACAGAUGCAAGGUCAAAAACCCAGUGAGCAAACCUCUGGAGAGCAAGGAUGUGGAACUCAACGUGUACUAUGGUCCUUACAAUUUGGAGGUGAACACUGACCAGGGCCUCCGGACAGGGGGGGUUUUCACCAUCAACCCCGGAGAGCUGGUCUUCUUUGAAUGCCAGGCCGACUCAAACCCACCAAACAGUUAUGUUUGGAUUUCCAAGAGACACAACGAGACUCAGAUCAUUACGGAGGGCCCGCGUCUGGAAGUUCUAUCCUACCGGUUGGCCCAAGCUGAAGACUAUCUGUGCCGUGCCUUUAAUAAUGUGACAAAGAAACAAGACGAGGCCCAGUUCACUCUGGUGGUGGCCAGGUUCGGAACAGACAGAGGGAAGCAAAUCCAGGAGGCUGGCUCUGUGUUGCCGCUGGCAGCCAUCAGUGUCUGCUGUUUGUUUAUCAUCGCCUGCAUGUUGCUGUUCUUUGUCAGAAGAACCUGCCAUCCUAAGAGAGUGCUUAUGAGCAUUUACAACAGGCCAUUUUCACAGCAGGAUCGACCUCAUCGCUCAGGUCAUGAAGAUGCAACUGAAGACUUUGGCAUCUAUGAGUUUGUGUCCCUACCAGGAAAAAUGGACUCUACACAGGCGUCCUGUAGAUCUCUUUCUCAUUUCGAGUCCGGUCAGGAUUCACACACUACGAUCUACGACGUGAUCAGACAUGUUCCUGAAAACCAGUGCCAAAGUUUGUUGAUGUAAGCAGUAGCUGGAUAUGAAAUGCUUCCAGGCAUAGACGUCUAUGUAGCCUUAUUUUCAAAAGCUUCUAUCUAAAAUGGACCCACAUCGGGGUUCUGUGUCCAUUUCAGUUGUAAAUGAUGUAAAAGAGACUAAAUCAGACUAUGCACUGUUAUUGUUUUGGAUUUAGGACUGUUUUUAGUGAGUUUUACGUGGUAAUAAAUGACUUAAUGUUCAUGCAUUAAGCAAAUAGAUUAUUAUUUAAUUCUAAUAUAAUAUACACGAUUCGAAUAAUAUAUUUUUAAAUUUUUCACACAAAGGUGAAAAAUGACUUUAAUUAAGCAAGACUGAGUUCUGUACAUCUGAAUGAUGAGACUGUGAAAACUACUGAAACCAAAAGUGGGAUUUUUGAUCCUCUAAUUCUCAUCUCAGAAUCCUCAGAUAGGGAAAUAGUCUCCUGGAGAAGUGUUAAGUAAAGGAAGUUUCUUGUAUAAAAAACAUUUUAAUUGACUGUAAAUUCUGUACAUGAAAUGUUCUACAAAUGCUUUAUGUGUGAUGUGAUAUCAGUAUGUUUCAUUUUAAUGACUUGUGUCCUGAAAAAUACUUCAAACUAGCUGGGGAACUCAAAGAAGAAAAAACUAAUCAAAACAUUAAAAUAAAUAAAUAUAAAAAUAACUAAAUAAACAAACAAACAAA